AUGGAUGACCGGCAACAACCUGAAUCGAAAAAGCGCGUGGUGGUCUGCGGGGAAGGCAUAAUCGGCAUUUGCACGGCUUAUUUCCUUGCCAAGAAAGGAGCAGCCGUCACUCUCAUUGAAAAAUCUUCAGUAGCUUGUGCUGCUUCCGGAAAAGCAGGCGGGUUCCUCGCCCUAGACUGGUGCGACGGUGGUCCUGUCGAAUCACUCGCGCGUGCUAGCUUUAAUCUCCACCGUUCACUCUCCGAAGAACUCAACGGCCCCGACUUGUACGGGUAUCGGCCCUUGACCAGUCUUAGCAUUACAGUAACUGAAUCAGGGCCUUCUUCUCCGUCCGGUUCCAAGUCGUCCGGUGAUUCUACGAUCCCAUCAUGGGUCGAUGGGCCGACACGUGGGCCUAGAACAAUCGGGACGACGCAAACAACAGCCCAAGUACAUCCUCAAUUAUUCACAAGAACUCUGUUAAACACAGCCGUCGAGAAAUAUGGUGUUGAGGUGGUGAUUGGGAAACUGGAGCAGCUACAUGUUGAGGAAUGGCGAGUUGGAUCGGUUGUACUCGAAGAGGGACGAGUUAUUGAGUCGGACUCGGUCGUUCUAUCACUUGGGCCUUGGACUGGAAAGUUUGAGAUGUUAGCUUCAAUGUUCGGAGUUUCUGGGCUUAAGGCCCAUAGUAUUGUUUUGGAGCCGAAAGACCCUGGUGCCAUAACGCCCCAUGCCCUCUUUCUUAGCUUUCAUCCGCAGGGCGGCAAAGCCAUGGACCCCAAAGUUUACCCUCGUCCAAAUGGGGAAGUUUAUAUAUGUGGGAUGUCAACAGAGGAAGAGGUGCCAGAUGAUCCAGAGCAAAUAGUAGGCAACCCAGCAUCAAUAGCGAUGCUAAAGAGAGUGGGUAAAAGUGUUUCGAGCCAUCUGAGGGAAGGAGAAGCGCGAGUGAAGGCAGAGCAAGCUUGUUUCUUGCCAUGCACCGACGAUGGGGUGCUGAUAAUAGGAGAAGUUCCAGGGAUGAAGGGGUGUUAUGUUGCCACUGGUCACAGUUGUUGGGGGAUACUCAAUGGUCCAGCUACAGGUGCUGCUGUGGCUGAGCUUGUUCUUGAGGGACGUGCUACCAUUGUUGAUCUUAGUCGGUUUAGUCCUGCUAGAUUUGUUGGGCGUAGGAGGGUUAAAGUUUAA